AUGCACCCCCAGCUCCGCGUGUUGAACCCGCAGUUCCGCGCGCGCAAUCUCGUGGCCUACAACUUCGCCGCGUUCGCGUGCAUUUCCCUCGUGGUGUUUCUCCUGGCGUCGCAGCCCUUCUACUUGUCGGAUGUUAUCGGAAUCAGCCCGGACCAAAUCGGAAAGGUCACCGGCAGCUUGGGCGUGGUGGACGAGCUCAUGGUGAUUGCCACCUCGCCGUUAAUCGGCACACUCAAUGACCGCUUGCAGGGCAUGGCGUGGAAAGCCGGCAGCAUGCCCUCGGGCCCGCGGAUCUUGCAGCUCGCCGGCUUUGGCGCGUUGGCGCUGGCGCUCCUUGGAUACGGCCAGCUAGCCGCCGGCUUCGUGUGGCGCCUCUACGUGUUGCGCUCCGUCUUUGCCGUGGGCGUGGCCGCCGUCAUGGGCAUUGCCGUGGUGAUGCUCCACGAGGCCAGCAACUCGGACUUUACAUGGCUGCAAAUCAAGUUCUGGACCCGCGCCGACGAUCCCCGGGGCCUGUUGCUCGCGGACGACCCCGCGCAGGCCUCGGACGCCGACGAGGACCAGUUGUUCAUGGAGGACGGCGAGUGGGCCGCGACCCAGAAGCAAAAGCAGUCCCACGGCAAGCUCAGUGCGUUGCUUGGCUUGUGCGCGGGCCUGGGCGCCAUCUUGGCCGUGGCCGUGUUCCUCCCUUUGCCGGCACGGCUCUCGCUCAGACACACCGACUGGUCCACAGCAAAGUGCCUCGAGGCCUCGUACACGAUCUUGGGCGCCGCGGCGGUGGUCUGCGGCGCGCUUGUUUUUGUCGGCGGCUACGACUCCGUGAAGCAGCGCCGCAUCGUGGACGGCUCCAGGGCCGCCGACGAACCCAACGCCUCCUACGUGCAGCUCAUGCGCGAGGCCGUGAUCGUUUCGCUCAACAGCCGCCAGCUCCAGCUCGCGUACAUGGGCGGCUUUAUCGCGCGCUGCACGGCCAUCGCAACCUCGGUGUUCACGCCCUUGAUCGUGUACAAGUUCUACCUGGCCACGGGCACAUGCGGCAGCCCCGAGCCCCGUGCAGACGCGCCGCCGGACAACAACUGCUACAACGCGUUCAUAUUCCUGGCCGUGCUCACGGGCGUGGCGUCCGUGGCGUCCUUGGUAUCGGCGCCCGCGUGGAGCUAUGUGGUGGACGCGCCCAAAAUGGGGUGCCUGUUUGCGCUUUUGGUGGCCUCGGUCUUGAACUGCACGGGCUGCUUUGCGCUCUGCGUGCUCGGGCUGGGCUCGGCCGUAUACGACCCGCGCAACGCGGCGUGUUUCAUUCUUCUCAGCGUUAUUGGCGUGGCACAGAUGGGCCUGAUCAUCUCGUCCAUGAGCUUGGUCAGCAAAGCAGGGCAGCUGUUCGAGGACGCGGAGCACCGCGUCAUUGGCAGCAUCACGGGGCUCUACAACCUCUCGGGAGGCAUGGGGAUCCUCCUCAUUUCCAAGCUCGGCGGCACCUGGAGUGACCGCUGGGUGUUCGGCCCGUUUUUCAUCUUGGGCUUAUUCAACUUGUUGCUCGUGGCUGCCUCGGGCAUGGCCAUGCGCCUGAUCCGGUGA